AUGGCAUCUUCAUUUUGGUUUGGGGGACUUGCUCUAAUCUUGGCAUCUUCGAUCUCUCCCAUAGUUGCCGAAAGCACCCCGAAAGAAUUCGUCGAUGCCCACAAUGCCGUUCGUGCCAAUUAUGGCGUCGGCCCAGUGUCUUGGAACACCACUUUGGCUGCUGAUGCUCAAGAAUUCGCCAGAACAAUGAUCGGUACCUGCGAGAUGGUGUACUCCAAUGGACCUUAUGGCGAAAACAUGGCAUUAGCAUAUGAGAAAACAACAGCGGAAUUGACAGUGAACUAUUGGGCUAGCGAGAAGAAGUUUUAUGAAUACAAAUCAAACAAGUGCAUAGAGGAAGAGUGCGGGCAUUUCAGGCAGGUGGUGUGGAAGGACACAACAUCUAUUGGAUGCGCUGAAGUUGAGUGCAUCAAGGAUUAUAUUUUAACCGUUUGUAACUAUUAUCCACCAGGGAACUAUGCUGACCAACUUCCUUACUAAACUUGAUAUCAAAAUAACAGCUCGGCCAUUCAAAAUUUAUUAUUUUAGUUAUCAAUAAUUAUCCCUUUUAUUUGUGUACGUACUUAGUGCUAUAUAAAUGUGAACUAAGUUAUUUACUUUCACA